UUAUUUCCUUGUUUGUUUGUUUCCAUUAUAAUUUAUCUGAUGUUCCUGUGCAUUAGGAGAUGACUGAAAAUGGCAAUCACCAGCUGUUGGUCAAGGCCCGAUUCCAGUUUAAGCAGACCAAUGAAGACGAGCUGUCAAUCAUAGGCGACAUCAUUUACGUCACCCGGGUCGAGGAAGGAGGAUGGGAGGGGACCCUUAAUGAAACAGGCUGGUUCCCCAGUAACUAUGUCAGAGAAAUUAAAUCUACUGAUAAACCACUUUCUCCAAAAGCUUUGAAAGUUGAAAGCCCUCAGCUCACCAAAAAUUACUAUGCCGUGGUACUUCAGAAUAUCCUGGAAACCGAACGAGACUAUGCCAAGGAGCUUCAGGUGCUUCUGGGAACGUACUUGAGACCUCUCCAGUCCUAUGACAAGCUGAGUGCCAUGGAUAUUGCAUCUUUACUUGGAAAUGUGGAUGAAAUCUGCACCUUUCAGCAAACUCUCAACCAGGUGCUGGAAGAAUGUGCUCAGCUCCCAGAGCACCAGCAAAAAGUGGGGAGUUGCUUCAUAAGCCUGAUGCCCCAGUUCAGGUCUCUGUACCUCACCUAUUGCGCUAACCAUCCUUCUGCAGUCAAGUUGACUCAGCACAGUGAUGAGCUGGAGAAGUUCAUGGAGAUUCAGGGAGCCCCUUGCCCAGGGAUACUGACCUUAACCACAAACCUCAGCAAACCAUUCACACGACUGGAGAAAUACAUCAUCCUUCUGCAAGAGCUUGAGCGGCACAUGGAGGAAGCUCAUCCAGACCACGAAGAUGUCUUGAGAGCAAUCACACCUCCUUCAAGUCUUGUGUCCCAGUGUCAGGAGAUGAGGAAGAGGAAACAGCUUGAGCUCCAGAUCCUGUCAGAGGCCAUCCAGGGAUGGGAGGGCGAAGACAUAAGAUCAAUGGGCAACGUCCUGUAUAUGUCACAAGCCUUGGUCCAGUAUGGAGGGAGAAAAGAAGAGAGAUACCUCAUGUUGUUUUCUAUGCCCCUGCUGAUUCUCUCUGCCAGUCCUCGGAUGAGCGGAUUAUGUAUCAAGUGACAGGGAAAGCUCCCUUUAAUAGGUAUGAUUGUCACAAAAUUAGAAGAUGUGGAAGUCAAUGAACAUGCUUUUGAAAUUUCAGGGAGCCUGGUCGACCGGAUUACAGUGCAUUGCAACAGCAGCCAGGAUCUGCACGACUGGCUUGACCAUUUGCACAGGCUCACCAGGGGGACGGUUCAAUGUUCCAGUCUGUGAAUGUUUUUCGGAAGCCAAACAUCCGACGCGGCUUCCAUGGCUUCCGAACGAACUUUCAGCUCUACUGGACAAGCCCGUGGCCCGUUGGAGCCGCCCAAAAUCCUUAAGCCCUGGACCUUAAGUUGCCUCCGCCCAGCACCUCCCCUCCGGCCAUCGGUGGCACUCAGCUACAAAGAGAGGAUGACUUACAUUUUAAAGGAAUCAAGCAAGAGCCCAAAGACAAUGAAGAAGUUCCUUCCAAAAAGGAAAGACAGGAAAACAUCUGAUGAGGAAUUUGUCAUUAGAAAAAGUACUGCUGCCUUGGAAGAAGAUGCACAGAUCCUUAAAGUGAUUGAGGCCUAUUGCACAGGCGCCAGCUUCCAGCAAACCCUCAGCUCAGGUUCCCGUAAAGAUUCCGUCCCCCAGGUCCUGCUUCCGGAAGAAGAGAAAAUCAUCUUUGAGGAAACAAGAAGCAACGGGCAGACAAUCACAGAGGAGAAGAGUCUGGUGGACACCGUCUAUGCACUGAAGGACGAGGUCAAGGAACUUAGACAGGAGAACAAAAAGAUGAAACAGUGUUUGGAGGAAGAGCUGAAGUCCAGGAAAGAUCUAGAGAAGUUGGUUUGGAGGUUACUGAAGCAAACAGAUGAGUGUGUCAGGGAAGACGCUGGGCGGAGGUCCUCCGUGCUCGCCUGAUUUCUUAACCCUGCUCACACGGGGCGCUUAGCUCACAACAUCAGGUAUUCCCUGGAACUGAGGGGUUUGGUUCCCCUUACUCAUCAUAUUGGACUUUGUGUUCUGCUUUUGUU